AUGUCUUACCUGUCAGUACACUGCAGAAGAGCUCCAAAAAAAUCCCAAGUAAUUUCUAUUGAAGUAAAUAAUAAAUUAUACAAAAUGUAUUCUGUGAAGAAAAGUUGGCUUGAAGCUGUCCUAGAUUGCGAGGAUAGAAAUUCUCAAAUAGCCGACGUUAAUUCUAUUGAAGCUAAAUUUCUAGCUCGAGCGAUGCUCAAGCACCGACCUACCAUUGAGAGUGUCUGGAUCGGUGGCUAUGAAGAAUUAUCUACAGAAGAAGUAAAUAAAGUCGAAGACUGUCAUCUUGAUAAAGUCGCUGUUUUGAAAUCUUCUUGCGGCAAACGCCGCCAUGUUGUUUGUCAAUAUAAAAAUAGCUUUAAUUCUUCGGAAAUAUCUUCUACGACAAUUAUAAUUAAUAUUUCUUCAAUUUAUCCGUUUAAAAAAAACAAAACAAGUAAUUUUAUCGAUAAUUUUAGUGGUAAUAAUAAGAGUUACCAAAUUUUGACAUCUUCAGUACCUAGUACGCCAUUUUCUUCAACAACAGUACCCGCCAUUUUGUUUACAACUAAAGUAACUGCUUUAGACUCAACAGAACCGAGAAUUAAAUCUAUUACAGAGUCUUUAGUGAGAAAAAAUGAAUUACAAAGAAGUAAUGUUAGAAAUUAUUCAACAGAACCGAGAAUUAAAUCUAUUACAGAGUCUUUAGUAAGAAAAAAUGAAUUACAGAGGAGAAAUUUUGAAAAUAAUUCAAAAGUUAAACAAAUUAAAUAUUCUAAUGUACCGAAAUUGUACUAUGCAUUUGAAGGUCCCUUAGUAGGAAAAUUAGAAGAUAAUAAUAAUAGUCAGUUAGUUGAUAAAAAAAAAUUAACUCAUAAAUAUCAAAAAUAUAUUUCAAGUCAGAGUUUAAAA